AUGUCGCACAACGAGAGCUUGACUGUCUCUGCGAUUGAUGAGAGUCGCCGGAGGAAGUGGGUAUCUCAGAUCGGGGAUACCGUUGGUCUCCUGCAUGAGAUUGGGAUUACAUGGGGUGAUGGCAAGGCCUCAAAUGUUUUGAUUCAUCACGCAACGGAUGACGCAUGGGUCAUUGACUUCGGAGGCGGAUGGACUGAAGGUUGGGUAGACGAGGAAUUAAGCGGAACGGUGGAGACGGACGAGAUGGCUAUUUUUAAUAAGCGUUUGCAAAGUGCUUUGCUCGAUCUCUGGACUGCUCCCGAAGCCAUCCUCGCAGCUCACGGCAUGAGAGUCAAAACACGAACCGACACUGCCAAAACCAGCGGCGUUCUCAGGAACACCGCGGGGAAAUCUCGCUCCCCUCAGUAG